GUUAAAAUUGAAUUCAGUCUUGAAGUACGGUGACUCUCAAGUUCCCUGCACGUAAAAACUACAUACAUAUUUUAAAAUAUUGCUUAAUACGAGAUGGACGCGAUGGAAGUGGAUCCCGAUAUUCCUGUAGAAUCAAUUGCAUCUUGGUUUGAUUAUCUCACGUUGGAAACUUUCCUUGGCUCCGGGUCGUUCGGUUACGUUUUCAAGGCGGUCAGUGGACAGGUUAACCUUUCCGCUGUCAAAGUCAUAUUUAUGGACGUAAACAAUCAAAUGCAAGAAUCCGAGACGCAUCAACAGGACGAAGCCGAUAGGCGUCGUCUCUCCCGAGAAUAUAGGCUAAUGAAGGGGAAGAAACACGAAAAUUUAGUUGAAAUAUUGAAAUCAACCGACACACCUUUCACUGUGGAGGAUGUUGACGUCUUGCAAAAGAUACCAUGCCUCCAAAACAAUUACGACGUUCUUGAUGACCUACACACCUAUUUUCGUCGGGCACAACGUAGAACACAAAUUCCAACGCUCUGCAUUCAAAUGGAGUUAUGCGGUAAUACGUUGCGACAAUGGUUGAACAUUCAUGAUGAGAGUGACGAUCCAAAAUUGCAUUCGGUUCGAAAUCAAAUUGUGAAGGACAUGUAUGAAGGGCUUAAAUAUCUGCAUAGCUAUAAAAUCAUGCAUCGAGACUUUCGCCCGGAAAAUAUUAUGUUUUCCUUUUCGCUAAUGGGUGAAGAUUUUGCAUUUCCGGUUAAAGUGGGAGAUUUUGGCCAAUGUCGACAGAUCCAUAGCGAGCAAACUAAGACCAAGACACUAACCCCGGAAGUAGGAAAUGUCAUAUAUCGUGCACCUGAAGCUAAUUUUGUGAAUUACGGUAUCUCCGCAGAUUUGUACUCUUUUGGCUUAGUGUCGUGGGAGGUUCUACAAAUAAUCAAGCAGAAUGACACAAGGUCAAUGUUCCACAGGCUGGUUCAUGAUUCAAGAACUAAUCUUGUUAAGCGUUCAUAUUGGUGGUUUAGAAAAUGGGAACAUUUGAUUAUUAGGCUAACUAAAAGACGUCUACAAGACAGAAUUAAGGGACAUGAUGAAUUUUUUCAAGCAAUACGGCCAGAUAUGCUUGUAUCUGGACAAAUAUUCUGAUUCAUGCACAAUUACAAAUGCUAUUUUACACAAUGCACUCAUCAAAGGAACCAAACAUACUUUGAAGGACAUUAGGUGCAAUUAUUCCAUGGAGAUUGACGGCGAAAAUCAUUUUACAGAAAAUUUAGAUGCCAGUCAUCUUACUGAAAAUUGGAAAUAAACAGAAUAGCAGUAGAGUAAGUACACACUGACAUAUAACAAAAUACUACGGUAUGAAUAAUAAUGAACCCAAACAUUUAACGCGCAAAGAACGCACGUAAAUGUAUUUUACUUGCAUUCACACAUAUUUAUUUAAAUUCGUGAAUACACUACAGUUAAAAACGUGAUGUAGGUUAUGUCAAACAUUUGUCAAUAUUUCCACAUACAAUUGUACAUGCAUACAUAGGUAUGUAGUAGGCAGAUAUGUAUAUAUCUACAUGCAUGUUUGUGGAGCAUAAUAAAAUAAGUAAAUCAGAUUUGUUGUAUUAUUUAACCCGUUAUUUAUAGCAUGUGUCAGAAGUAAAUUAACACUUUUAAAAAUCAUCUAGUAUUAAGAUUACUUGGAACAAACUAAAAUGCUAAAUUUAUCCUGACUCCGUAAUGUUUCUAACAGUUAGUGACGCUACUCAAUACUUAUAGGGUUCAUUCGUAUCCGAUUUAGCAUAUUAUUUUAGGGACAUCAGAGAUUCGGUCUUUUCCCACUUUUCCCGCCACAGUUUUCUCAAUUGUAUUCAAAUUAGUUUGAAAGAUUGCAAAUUUUUUGCCUCCUGACCUCGGAUGGAGUAUGAUUGUUUGCGGGCAGACCGAAACUUUCCAAUCCCACGAGGUUGGGAGAAAUUUGGUGGCUUUUUAUUUUGAGAGCAUAUUUAUCGUUUUUCUCUUCCAAGUACAUGGUCACAAUUUUGGUUUAAUGCCGCGUUGAUAAGUCCGGCAAGAAUUAGGCCCCUCAUGUUUUUGGAUGCUUAUUGGUUAAGUGUAAUACAGUAUUUUUUAGAAACUCCUGUAAGCACACGUUGUGGUCAGAGACCCCCCUGAUUUGUGGGGUUCCAAAAUAUUCCCAAACUCAUUCUUGGCUAGAAAAAUGAAGCAUUUUUGGGAGAUUUUGUUAUUUUAUUUAAUUUAUGUCCACGAUCCACUUCAUUAUGAUCUAUUGCUUGAAAAAAUUGUCUCCCGGAAAACAGUUUUUGUUCAUUUUCCAUUAUCUUUAGAAUAUUUAGGAAAUUUCUUCUUUGUGUGAGCAGUGAAGCCUAGUUCAUGGGCUUCAACACGGAAAACAGUAGAAGGAUCUACUUCCAACUAUCGGCCAGAAUUUCAUACGGAUAUGGCAAAAUGCAUGUUAAAAGCAAUGAAAAGGCAGCAUACCUGUUUGGGGGAAGAUUUCAUGGGGGUGUGGCCUUUAAUGUGUUUCAAUCUUGCUUCAGUUUCCUCCUCAUACCUUCCAAUACUGCGGUAGAUUGUGAAUUUAGAGGUCCUUCUAGCAGUAAAAUUGUCCUGCAAUUUUUUCUUAUUUCUGUCAGCCUCAUUUUUGUGGCAGUGAAAAACUCGUUUGUCCAGACUUUCACCUGCAUCUCUAUUAUCGGAUUCAGCUGGUGAGGUAGAUUUUUUUUUCAAACAGGUAGAAAUAACAAUUUAAUUUUGCAAAUAUACAUAU